AUGGACGUGUCGAAUAGUGUGCAAAAUUCAGAAGCUGUUCAAACGCAACAAAAUGGUCAAGAAACCAGUCCCAGUACCGAGGCAGGACUUCGAGACACUGGUGCUGCACACAAUGAAAAUCAGCCAGGAAGUAGCGGAACUGAGGGUCCAGGUAGCCCAACAGACCCAAUUAGUCAGAACCCAGGAACAGCUGAUACGGGUUCUACAGAAAUAUGUAGCCCUGUCCAAAGUCCGAUUGAGUCUGACAGAGGAACUGGAGUCAAUGAAAGUGUCAUUGGGAAAAAAUCGAACAAAAACAGAGAUGAAGGAGUAAUAAAAAAAUUGAUCAAGGCACAAAACAUUUGCGAGGAAGGGGGUAUAAAAAAACCAAAGAGUACUGGGACUGAGAAUGGGACUGGAGCCAUAGUCCCGGCAAAUAUGAAAAGACGGCUACGCGACAAAAAAAGGCGGGAAGAAUGGGAUUCACUUUUGGAAAAAACAGAACUUAUGCUAAAAUCUACUCAGGAAACCUGGCCUAACAUGAGACGUUUUUUUGAGAGACUGGAACAAUGGGAGCAGAGAAAAUUCUCAACAAGCUGGCAAAAUAGUGAAAAACUGCAGAAAUCGGAUAUGAUGGAUAUCAUUGGAUCCGACAAUGUUGACGAUACUAGUGGACCUGAAACGGCCGAUACCGUUGCAGAAGAAGAACAUUCUUUGAGUACUAAAAUGUCAAAAACAAAAAGAGAUCCCAUAGUAAUGGAGAAAAAUGAGUCGAACAAUAACAACAGGUAUACCAAAAAAAGUGACCAAUUGCUGUCUGAAUAUACAAGCAGCUGUAGCGAUUCUGACCCUGGAACUGGGGAUGAGGAAGUUGAGGGUGGUCAGGACAGCAAUAGUAGCGGGUAUGAGGAAGAAGAAUUUUUGCAACAGAAUCUUAAUGUAUCUGAUCAUCACUCCGGGACUGGUUUAGCAGAGCAAAUACAUAAGUCUGUCCCACCAAAAAUGGUAAAACCAAAGAGUAUGCCACAGCAUAAUUCAUUCAAAAAACCGUUCAGACCUUUGGAGAGGGUGCGGGAUAAUAACCCGCCACGGUAUAGUUCACCAUAUUCACGCCCGCCCAACGUAUACAACAAAAUGUAUAGUACACACCAUGACAAUCACCAAUACCGUCGCCGCCAAAAUAAUGUAGGGUCGAGUUAUAUCAGUUCAUUGUCUUCAAGAAUUAUGGGAGGUCGGUGA